AUGAGUCUCACCCCAGUUCAGUAUGGGCUACUCAUUUUAAAUUUGUUAUACCGAUUAUACUCUGGGUUAUUUAUGAUUAUUGCUGAUUGCGAUGAGACGUUCAAUUAUUGGGAGCCGUUGAAUUUGCUACUUCGAAAUUUCGGGAAGCAAACUUGGGAGUAUUCCCCCGAAUACAAGAUUCGUUCAUAUGCCUAUCUCGUUCCAUACUUUAUUCUUGGGAAGGUGUGUCAGUUUUUUCAGUUUCAACCGGCAACAAUCUUUUUCAUUAUUCGAACCUUGGGAAUAGUUGGAUUCACGUGUUACUGUGAGUGGAAAUUAUUCUGCUCCCUCCGACGUUAUUCAGCGUCCAUUGCCAAUUGGUUCCUAUUGUUGAGCACCAUUGCGCCCGGUAUGAGUCACGCAGGAGUGGCAUUAUUGCCUUCGUCAUUGGCUAUGCAAACCACGAUGUUGGGCAACGCCUUUAUUCUUGAAGCGAUCAAAUCCAAGAACCAUCAGGAAAAACAAACCAGCAUAUUGAAAGCAACAUUUUGGUAUUUUGUUGGUGGAAUAUUAGGAUGGCCAUUUGCAUUGGCGUUGGGAUUGCCACUCGGACUUUAUACUAUUUACCAAUCAGUUUUUAUCGGCAACUUUCCAUUAGCGAUUUUGUUUCGAGUUCUAUCUGUUUUAUUAACUGUUGUUAUACCUAUAAUGGUAGUUGACUCGGUUUUUUAUCAAAAAGUACUGUUUAUUCCGAUCAACAUUGUUUUGUACAACGUGUUUGGAGGUGAAGGCGAAGGACCAGAGAUAUUUGGCGUGGAACCAUUCAGUUAUUAUAUUAUGAACCUUCUUCUUAAUUUCAAUGCUAUUUUCCCAUUGGCUGCUGUAGGGAUAUUUUUGAAUCCAGUACUAACCCAAUUCAAAGUGUUUUCAAGUUUUGUUUCUUUACAGUUGAUUAUUUGGUUUGCAAUUUUCUUUGCCCAGCCACACAAGGAGGAGCGAUUUUUGUACCCUGUUUAUUCGUUGAUCACAUUACUGGCAGCAAUACUGUUGAGCAAAUUAACUAUUGGAUUGAAGAAUUUUGCUCUGAAGCCAAUCUACCACGUAUUUCAAUUAGGAUUUAUUUUAUCGGUUGUUGCUGUUUCGAGUUUAAGGAUUUUGAAUUUGGUCGAGAAUUAUGGUGCACCAUUGCAAACAUUCAACGCACUUUCCCAAUUGGAGGACUUGGAUCAAUCAUUGCAAUCGCCAGUAAAUGUGUGCAUGGGGAAGGAAUGGUACCAUUUCCCAGCUUCUUUCUUUUUACCAGAUUCCUAUCGAUUACAGUUCGUUGAUUGUGGCUUUGAUGGUUUAUUGCCUGGGGAUUUUUUUGAGCUGACGAAUAUAAUUGAAUCCACUACAUUUGUCCCAACAAACAUGAACAAUAAGAACCGAUUCGAAAAGGACAAGGUAAUCGACCUUGAUGAUUGUCAUUAUUAUGUUGAUAAUUCACAACUAAACAGCUACCCACAAUUAAUCUAUCCAAACUUGUCUACAACUGAUAAAUGGGAGGUAAUUAAAUGUAAUAAAAUGUUAGAUCCAAACGAGAAGCAUAGCACCAUUGGAAAGUUAUUGUAUAUUCCUAGGUGUUUAAGAGGGAUAAUUCCAUAUGAUGUUAGUUAUAUGGAGUUUUGUCUUUUGAAAAAACAAGACAUCAAAGACACAGUGUAA